AAUGUCCGUAACGUGCUCUUAAGUUUGUAAAGCCACUUGAGAAUGAAAAUGGGGAAUCAGGACACCACAGGCGACACGUUGCAGGAGGCGCCAGGGAGAAAAGGGAAAAGCACAGGUUUCCUCCAGGAUGGGAGCCUCAAGGAAUUCUUGCAUAGGUUUCCAGGAGGGCAGGUGAAGCAGGAGCCAGGCGAGGAGCCGACAGAGGACACAUGGCAGGAGCUCCUGAAGAAAAUGGAGUUUCCUUUGUCCGAGUGCAGGAAGCCACAGUUGCCCGAGGAGCCGUGGGACGACGUGAAGUCUUUCCUGGCCUCUUUCGAACGAGUGGCCGAAACCUACCGGUGGCCCAGGGAAGAAUGGGUGGCCCGAAUCCUGCCGGCCCUUACAGGAGAUGCUGAGUUGGCCUUCAGUGGGCUGGAAGGCAAAGACAAAGAGGAUUAUGGGAAAGUGAAGGUGGCCAUCUUGAGAGCGGAGGCCAAGAACAGGGAAGAGCAACGGCAACGUUUCAGAUGCUUCUGCUACCAGGAGGCCGAGGGGCCCAGAGGGACGUACAUACGGCUCCGGGGACUUUGCUACGGGUGGCUGAAGGUGGAGAGGCACUCGAAGGAGCAGAUCCUGGAGCUGCUGAUCCUGGAGCAGUUCCUGGCCAUCCUGCCAGCGGAGAUCCAGAGCUGGGUCAAAGAACAAGGCCCAGAGGCUUGUCCCCAGGCGGUGUUGCUCGUCGAGGAUUUCCUGCUGAGGCCACGAAAGGCCAAGGGGCAGGAGAAACAGGAGUCCCCGAAGACGGUUGAGUCUCCUCACUCAGGCUGGAAAAUGCCACAGUGGUCGGAGGAGCCCGCGCCAUGGGAUGACAUGAAGGCCUUCCUGGCCUCCUUUGAGCAAGUGGCCCAAGCCUGCCGGUGGCCCCCAGAAGAAUGGGCAGCCCGGCUCCUGCCUGUCUUCAGAGGAGAAGCCGAGAGGACCUUGAGCAACCUGGAGGCCAGAGACAAAGGGGAUUAUGGGAAGGUGAAGGCAGCCAUUUUGCGACAGGACGCCAUCAGGAGGGAGAAGAACCGCCAACACUUCAGGCACUUCUGCUACCAGGAGGCCGAGGGCCCGAGAGGGGCUUACUGUAGACUCCAGAAACUUUGUAGGGGGUGGCUGACGGUCGAAGGACACACCAAGGAGCAGAUCUUGGAUCUGCUGAUCCUGGAGCAGUUUCUGGCUGUCCUGCCACCGGAGAUGCAGACCUGGGUCAGGGGACAGGACCCAGAAAGCUGCUCCCAGGCGGUGGCCCUGGCUGAGGAGUUCUUGCUGAGGCGGCAAGAGGCCGAGAGAGAGGAGAAACAGGUGAAACUAUUUCCCUAUGUGCGGCACAGGGCCAGGGAUGAGAGAAAAGUGGCGUUGGAGGAGGAGGAGGAGGAAGAGGAGGAGGAGGAAGAUGCAAAUUUCUCGGAUGCAGGGCAAUCUCCGUGGGACUCCGAAGAAGGGCACCUGUGUGUGGUAAUCAAACAGGAAGUUGAGGAUGGAGAGGCCAGUCCUUCUGUAGAUAUGUGCAAGACUGAAAAUGAGGAGGAACCAAGCGAAGCGUCUGUGGAAAGAUUUGAGGAUGCUGGGAAUACGUGCCCGGUGUGUGGGAAAAACUUCAGCUGCAAAUCGGACCUUAACAGACACCAGAGAACCCACACAGGAGAGAAACCAUUUCGAUGCUUCGAGUGCGGAAAGAGCUUCAGUCGGGGCGACUACCUUAUUCUGCACCAAAGGCUUCACAGAGGGGAGAAACCCUAUAAGUGCUCAGAGUGUGGGAAGGGCUUCUAUCGAAGCACACGCCUUAUUUCACAUAAGAGAAUCCACCUAGCGGAGAAGCUGUACAAAUGCUCCGGCUGCAGCAAGAGCUUCUGCGAUCAGUCCAGACUUAUGCAACAUAAGAGGACGCAGCACUCAAGCGAGAGGCCGUAUAAAUGUUCAGAGUGCGGAAAGAGCUUCAUUCGGAAAGCACACCUUACUAGACAUCAAAGAAUCCACACAGGCAAGAUACUAUACAAAUGCUUAGAGUGUGACAGGAGCUUCAGUUGUAGCAAGCAUCUUAUUUCACACCAAAGAAUCCACACAGGAGAGAAGCCGCAUAAAUGCCUGGCGUGUGGGAAGAGCUUCAAUUUCAGCGGGAACCUUACUUCGCACCUGAGAAUGCAUACAGGAGAGAAACCAUUUGAAUGCUCGGAGUGCGGGAAGACUUUCAGUCGGAGUGCCCACCUCACUUUACAUCAGAGAACCCACACAGGGGAGAAGCCAUACAGCUGCUUGGAGUGCGGAAAGAGCUUCAGUCAGAGCAGCAACCUUACUUCCCACCAGAGAAUCCACACAGGGGAGAAGCCUUAUAAAUGCUCAGUUUGUGACAAGAGCUUUGGCCGGGGUGACUCUCUUAUUUCCCAUCAAAAAACCCACGUGGCAGAAACCGUAUAAGUGCCCAGAGUGUGGGAAGAGCUUUUUGCCAAAAGCACGCACCUUAUUUCACACGAGAAAGUUCGCAGACGAGGGAGGAACCGCAGGGAAAAUGCUGUGCCGUCAAUGCUUGGAACUGGGAAACAGCUUUGGCAAAAAGACAACUACACCACAAAGAAUGCAAAUCUCUGAAAACCUCCUGCUUGUUCUCAUUUGCUCCACUGAAACAUACAUAGUGAAUAAAGUUAGAAAAGGUUUAUCAAAGGAUAUAAUCUUUAUUAUAGUGU